GCAACCAAGCUGCUGUUUGCAGAAAGAAAGUAGAGUUGUCAAAUGAAUGUUCUUCAUCCAGAUCUCUACAGUUACAAAUUUCACCAAAUACAAUAACCGUACCCAGGCAUCGACCUUCUCCACAACUGAAUCAAACUUACUAUGAUAGUAUCUUGGAAGAAUACCAGUCUGCAGAUGAGGAAUGCUCCUGGAACAAUGUAACUCUUGCAGACUUGUAUCCAGUGAUGGUAGAGAUACUUACAAGGCUCAUGACAAAGCAGUAUCGGAGAAAAGAGUUAAAAUACAUAUUUAGAUACUUAAGGCACAAAAGAUGGCGUUCCAGAAGACCAAAGUUCAAUGUCACUGUAGACAAAAUAAGAGGGUUUAGGCCUCCUAAACUGAAGCAAGCACUACUCAGCAUAUGCAGCAGCAGAAGUGAAGACAUCCAGAAUCAAACUUUUGGAAAUGAGAACAGAGAACUUUGUGAUGACAAAUGUUCCACUGAUAAUUUAUCUGGUCUGGCACCUUAUUCUUACAUUGAUGCAAAUGAAAUCGAAAUGGACUACUCUGACUCAAGUUUAGAACAUCAUUUGUUAUCUGGAAAAGGCCAAAAAGUCUCCAAACAGACUGUUUUUCCUAGUGUUAUGGCUAGAAUGGGAGAGACAUUUCUAGUUGAAGAUGGGUUACAGACCACUGUCUCACCGAAGAAUUCAAAAUGCGAAGAAAGUGAAAAAUUGGCUUACAAAUGUUCCUCAGAGUAUGGUUUUAUAACAUCUACUGCCAGUUCAGGGUCAACAGCACUUCAUCUAUUAAAAGAGAGUAAAACUCAAAAAACUGACUUUCCUGGUGGUGAUACCUCAGAGUUGUGUUCAUCUGCUUGCAGGUCCUACAGCAAUAGUAACACUUUUACACUGGUCGCAAACUCUUCUCUUGCAAGAUCAUCAAAUACUUUGCUCAUAAAUCCUGAAAAAAAUUCUGAAAGACGAAUUUCUUUGCAGCGCAAACACUCGUUUUCCUCAUUGUAUGUGAAGCAGAGUCCUUCAAAGAUGCCUCAGAAAUAUGAAGAUGCAUUUGAAAAACUCUACUACAAACUGUGUUCCAAAGAAAUCCAAAAGCCUUUGACAUUGACAAGACCUCUUUCAAAUUCACAAAGCCUUGAAGAGAAAGAAAGAUUAGUGAAGAGUAAUUUAAGUGAUUCUGAGAGGUCUGAUAUACAGUAUGAUAGAGAAUUUGACAGGAUCUAUGAGCAGUUGUGUAGUGAGGCUGUUCCAAAACUUCCUGGGUUUCAGAGAGCUUCAAAUCUAAGGAAAUAUGAAGGAAUACAGAUGUCUGAAACUGUAAAUGCUCUCGUUAACUCACCUGUUCGAACUUUAUCUGCAAUUCCCAGAGUUAAAAGACUAGGAAAUUUUCAAAAUGAUUUUCUUUGUUCACCAGUAAAGCGACUGAAAAAUAUACCAGAACGUUAUUUUCCGUCACCAAAAUGUCAACAGAUUUCUCACAGAAAAAAUGUUAAUCUUCAGACAGUUGGCAUGGAUUUUUUGAGCACAUACAAUGGCAGUAACAAACUUUUUGACAGUCACAACUGUCAGAGUCAGGACUCUGGAUUUCAUGCCUCUUCAGAUAAAACUUUUCUUGGUAUUCCUGGUACUUUCCUGCAAGAAUCUGGGAUUGCAGAUGCCCACUGUGGUUGGGCUAGGGAGAUGAAGAAUUACAGCUCUUCUGGAAAGGCACAGAAGUGUCACCAAAGGGUAUCCAGAAAACUAAGCUACAGUGAUGGGAAAGACCAAAAUCCUAGCAAUCCCUUGAAUGACUUCCUGGUCAAAACUCACCAAUGAGCAUUCAUGGACAGCUACAGAGAAAACACCGUUUUAUAAAGUUUCAUUUUGUUUUGUUUUUCUUUGUUUUUCCAAGAAUCAAGGAUGUAUUAUAUGUAUGUAAUAUACAAUUAAUCCUGAUUUAUACUUCCUGUAAUAUAAAUCUUCAGGAACUGCUUCGUCCCUUCUGACAGGGCAUUUCUUACUCCUUUGGCUUCAUCAGGUAUCGCAGGGAAUCAGGGUUCCUUUCUAUGGUUAAGUUUAAAUUACGUAUUUAGUAGUAUUUAUAAUAACAGAAUGUGAUCUGUAUUAUCAUUUUAUCUGCUGUGAUAAGCUUUGGCUCUUAAUGUAUUAAGAAUAAGAUAUAUAACAAGCUCUUUCUGAUGAAUUUCUACCUAUUCAUGCUAUAUAGAUGUAUCAGUAAACUGGGCUGGAUGGUCCAAAUGCAGUAUUAUAUGCUAUGACUUGUAAUAUGCCUGCUAUGUAAUUUUAAUGUUAAAUUUUCUAAGUAACUCACCAAAGUUGAUUAUUCAAUAAAAUUUUAUAACUUUUAGUGGAAAUGAUAGUUAUAUGCUGUGUUCUGACAAAAUUCUACCUGACACAAUAUAUAUUCUAAAUAAAAACCUGUUCUGAA